AGAGCCGCAGGGGAAUUAAAAUCAGUCCCGACUCUUCCCCUUCUCUCCGUUACAUCCAUGCCAGUCCGUUGGCCCGAGACUGAAAGAACCAUUGUCAAAAUUGCACAGAGCUAGUGCUUUAGUCCCUAAUCCAGAACCCCAGCGAACUCGUGAAAUCUAGUCUUACUAGAGUUUUCACUUUUCGUUCCCUCCUACUUCUCCUUCUCUCUAUUCCCGGUCUGAUUACUGACGGUAUUUGCUACACGUGAAGAUAAAUUUUGGGCAGCGGAAGCUAAAUUUCUCGAUCUUUUUCAUCCGAAUGCGGGGAACUUGUCCUUGAAAUCAAGCUCUCUGGUAUGGUUUUGUGAGGUAGAGUGAAGAUGGGAAAGUUGAAGAAGAACACACUUUUUCUGUUCGCAUGGAUCUUUGUUCGAGUUGACAAUGUUUUGAAGCAUGAAGAUAUCUUCAUUAUUUACAAGGAGAAAACUGACAAGUAAUUAAGGAGGAUUAGGUUAAAUUGACUACGUGAAUACCAUUAUACAAUGAUCCAUGAAUUUAAGUCCCAUGAAUUAUACCAGAAGUGAAAAUUGUUACAAACUGAAGUGGCCUUAAGUCAUGUGAAUCAUAAUUGCCCAUGAAUUACACUUGACACCAUAACUGAUGACCAGGUUGAUAAUGGCAAGCACCUCUGGUCAAGGAUAUAAAUUAAACAGAAAUUAUAGGUGUUGGCUAACUGAAACUUUUGAUGGCCAUGAUACAGCUGAUGAUGAUCUGUCAGAUAAUCUGGAUGGAAAUGAUGACAUGAUUCAACCAUCCCUGCAAACUUUUCCUUCAACUUUGGUAGGUCUGGAACCAUUUGUUGGCAUGCAGUUUGAAUCAGCAGAGGAUGCUAGAGAAUUUUACGAGAUGUAUGGCAGGCAUCUAGGAUUUACCAUACGGAAUAACCGCACGCGUCGUUCACUUAAAGAUAACUCAAUAAUUGGUCGGGAAUUUGUUUGCUCGAAAGAAGGCUUCCGUAUAGGAAAGCAUGCAAAUAGAAAAAAUGGAGUUCUUUCAUCACGACAAGCCACUAGAGAGGGAUGCAAUGCAAUGAUGAGGAUAGCUGCCAAGGAUGGGGGAAAGUGGGUAAUAUAUGGUUUUGAAAAAAAGCAUAACCAUGAGCUGAAUCCUAGCAAAGUUCCACCUCGACGAUCUCAUAGGCUAGCGUUCUGUGAGGAUGAGAAAGAUUUGAAAAUCCGGGAACUAACCACGGAGCUGCAUCGUGAGAGAAAGAAAUCUGCAGCUUACCAGCAGCAACUACAGUUGGUUUUAAAAUAUAUUGAGGACCAUACUCAGAGGCUGUCAUUAAAAGUUGAAGUGGCAGCUAACAACAUGAGAGAAUUAGAGUCUGAGGAGCAAGACAGUGCACGAUCUGAGCAGUGUGUCGAGUGAACCCACUCUUUAUAAUUGUGAAUUGUAUCUGAUUUCUCCAGUUAAAUGGAUAAGAUCCUUUAAAACA